GCUAUCUCUAUAUAUCUCUCUGAUCCCUCUCUGUGUUCGUCCUUCUCUUUUUGCUGCUAAAGCUUUCAAAGAUGGGAACUUUUCGUUACGUCGUCGGCAUUAUCGGGAACAUCAUCUCCUUCGGCCUUUUCCUCUCCCCAGUGCCAACAUUCUACCGAAUCCAUAAGAAGAAGGCGGUGGAGGAGUUCCAGCCAUAUCCUUACUUGUGCACGGUUCUCAACUGCGUUUUCUGGAUGUUCUAUGGUCUCCCCAUUGUUCGCAAGGACAACAUUCUGGUCUUGACCAUCAACACCAUCGGCUUUGUCAUAGAGUUGAUCUACUUAACCAUAUUUGUCAUUUAUGCCAAUGAUCGGAAGAAAAGGGUUCAUGUAGGCCUUUUCGUUCUUGGUGAAGCAGUUUUGACAGUAAUCGUGGUUGUCAUCGCUAUGCUGGCCUUCGAGUUUAAGAACAGGGAUAUUUUCGUUGGGGUUAUAUGUGUUGUCUUUAACAUCAUAAUGUAUGCCUCACCUCUUGCCGUCUGGAGAAAGGUUAUCAACACAAAGAGCGUCGAGUAUAUGCCGUUCUGGCUCUCAGUGGCCAGCUUAGCUAAUGGUUGCUGUUGGAGUCUGUAUGCCCUCAUCCAGCUUGACGUGUUCAUCCUGAUAAGCAACGGCCUUGGAGCAGUGUUUGGCCUUAUGCAGCUCAUUUUAUAUUCCUACUACUACUUCCUUGGGAAACGCGAUACCAAAGAAGAUGGAAAGCAGUCAGAGCUUCAGCUCUCUAACCAGAGUUCAGUCUAA